GGAACCGCGGGUGAACUCGGGCGCCACGUUCCCGGCGGAGGGUCCGCGAGGAUGGUGAGCGCGAGCUGCCGCUGAGCCCGCCUGCACCGCCGCUGCUGCCGCUGCUGCUUUUUGGGGGGGCUGCCGAGCGCAGGGGCCCCCGGGUCUCCUCCCCUUGCCCGGCCGCGGGUGAACCUGCAGGCUCCCUACCCACCCGGAGGACUUUUUUUUGAAAGGGAAGCAGGGAGGGAGGGAGAGCGGGAGAGAACGCAGGGGAGCUCGUCCGUCCAUUGAAGCACAGUUCACUAUGAUCUUACUCGCAUCCAGCACUGGAAGACGGUUGGAUUUCGUGCAUCGUUCGGGGGUGUUUUUCUUGCAAACCUUGCUUUGGAUUUUAUGUGCUACCGUCUGCGGAACGGAGCAGUAUUUCAAUGUGGAGGUUUGGUUACAAAAGUACGGCUACCUUCCACCGACUGACCCCAGAAUGUCGGUGCUGCGCUCUGCAGAGACCAUGCAGUCCGCUCUAGCUGCCAUGCAGCAGUUCUACGGCAUUAACAUGACAGGAAAAGUGGACCGAAACACAAUUGACUGGAUGAAGAAGCCUCGAUGUGGUGUACCUGACCAGACAAGAGGUAGCUCCAAAUUUAAUAUUCGUCGAAAACGAUAUGCAUUAACAGGACAGAAGUGGCAGCACAAACACAUCACUUACAGUAUAAAGAACGUAACUCCAAAAGUAGGAGAUCCUGAAACACGUAAAGCUAUUCGCCGUGCCUUUGAUGUGUGGCAGAAUGUAACUCCUCUGACAUUUGAAGAAGUUCCCUACAGUGAAUUAGAAAAUGGAAAACGGGAUGUGGAUAUAACCAUCAUUUUUGCAUCUGGUUUCCAUGGAGACAGUUCUCCCUUUGAUGGAGAGGGAGGAUUUUUGGCACAUGCCUAUUUCCCUGGACCAGGAAUUGGGGGAGAUACUCAUUUUGACUCUGAUGAGCCAUGGACACUAGGAAAUCCUAAUCAUGAUGGAAAUGAUUUAUUUCUCGUAGCAGUUCAUGAGCUGGGACAUGCUCUGGGAUUGGAGCAUUCCAACGACCCUACAGCCAUCAUGGCUCCAUUUUACCAGUACAUGGAAACUGACAACUUCAAACUACCUAAUGAUGAUUUGCAGGGCAUCCAGAAGAUAUAUGGUCCACCUGACAAGAUUCCUCCACCCACGAGACCUUUACCGACAGUGCCCCCACACCGCUCCAUUCCUCCGGCUGACCCAAGGAAGAACGACAGGCCCAAACCUCCCCGGCCACCGACUGGCAGACCUUCCUAUCCUGGAGCCAAACCCAACAUCUGUGAUGGGAAUUUUAACACUCUAGCUAUUCUUCGCCGUGAGAUGUUUGUUUUCAAGGACCAGUGGUUUUGGCGAGUGAGAAACAACAGGGUGAUGGAUGGAUACCCCAUGCAAAUUACUUACUUCUGGCGGGGCUUACCGCCUAGUAUUGAUGCAGUUUAUGAGAACAGUGACGGCAAUUUUGUCUUCUUUAAAGGUAACAAAUAUUGGGUGUUCAAGGACACUACUCUUCAACCUGGUUACCCUCAUGACUUGAUUACCCUUGGAAGUGGAAUUCCCCCACAUGGUAUUGAUUCAGCCAUUUGGUGGGAGGACGUUGGGAAAACCUAUUUCUUCAAGGGGGACAGAUAUUGGAGAUAUAGUGAAGAAAUGAAAACCAUGGAUCCUGGCUAUCCCAAACCAAUCACAGUCUGGAAGGGUAUCCCUGAAUCUCCUCAGGGAGCCUUUGUGCACAAAGAAAAUGGCUUUACGUACUUCUACAAAGGAAAGGAGUAUUGGAAAUUCAACAACCAGAUACUCAAGGUAGAACCUGGAUAUCCCAGAUCUAUCCUCAAGGAUUUUAUGGGCUGUGAUGGACCAACAGACAGAGAGAAAGAAGGACACAGCCCACCAGACGAUGUAGACAUUGUCAUCAAACUGGACAACACAGCCAGCACUGUGAAAGCCAUAGCUAUUGUCAUCCCCUGCAUCUUGGCCUUAUGCCUCCUUGUAUUGGUUUACACUGUGUUCCAGUUCAAGAGGAAAGGAACACCCCGCCACAUACUGUACUGUAAACGCUCUAUGCAAGAGUGGGUGUGAUGUAGGGUUUUUUUCUUUCUUUCUUUUCCAGGAGUUUGUGGUAACUUGAGAUUCAAGACAAGAGCUGUUAUGCUGUUUCCUAGCUAGGAGCAGGCUUGUGGCAGCCUGAUUCGAGGCUGACCUUUCAAACCCAGAGGGUUGCUGGUCCUGCACAUGAGUGGAAAUACACUCGUGGGGAAGCUUCCAUGAUGCACAGUAUCUGCCGUUCUUCAGUCCUUUGUCUUUCUUUGUCAUUCAGUUCUAGGCCUUUCCUCUGCACGCUCAAUGCCCAGUAAAUUUUCAGGAUUAACUAAAGAAGAGGAAAAAAAAGAAGAAAAGAUUCUUCUUAAAGGUUUCUAAUAUUAUUUUCCUUCUGAAAUCUGAGCCCAUUUCUGGGGGGUGGUGGGGAAGCAAAACAGAAAGUCCACGAAUUUUUGCUUUAAAGCAAAGGAAACAAAAAGGUUAAACAAAGAACCCACAAUUGAACUUUCAGGAAAGUGUGAAGACCCAAAACAGCUUUGUCUCCAAAGAAGAUAGCUCUCUGACUGCUAUGGAGAGUCUCCUACGCUUCAUUUUUGUCAGGUGGGAGAUCUGGAAUACACUUGCAGGACUUUAGACUGUUGGGACAGCCAUUUUCCAACAAACAAGGGGCCAAAAUAUCUGCAAUAUAGUAACAGCCUUAAUAAUACAUCCAUUUUUCGUUUUAUACAGCUGUUCUCAGCUCUGUCCUCAAUGUUUCAUCACAUUUAUAUUCAUAGUUAUAUUCAAACAGGAGCUUUGUUUUGUUUUAAAGUGUUUCCGAACCUCCUCCUGCCACCUUACUCCUACAUCAUUGUGAUAAUCUCCCCAAAUUGUAUUAGGCCAUUGCCCCAGGCCUUCCAUGGGUCUGUCAGGAAUAUUCAUUAUAAGCAGAGCAAGAAGCAGUAUGUCUCUAAAGUGGUUUAAAGUGACAGUUAUUUUAUAAGGUUAUGUGACACUAGUAAUACAUUGGUGUAACCCUUUGAGAACUAUCAGACCAGCUUCCAGAGUCUCAGGAUUGCUAUGUGGUAAAUUAUAAAACUGGGCAAUGGUGAAAACAGACACAGGUUCAAGAAGUUCAGGCUUUUAAAACAGAUAUCCUAUAACCCCGUGUAAUUUCUAAGUGAGUUACAAUGCAAUAGAAGUGCAUUUUUAACAUGCAGAAAUGAUGUUACUUGCCAAAAAUUUUUCUGGCAAAUAAAAAGGUAUUUUAUUAAGUAUCUUAUAAGAGUGAAAUUUUAUUUGAAUGGCCAAUUAUAAUAGCAUAAGUGGUUGUUUUUUUUUUUUUUAGACAUAUUGAAUUUCUGUUUUAAAAUCCAUUGCAUGGAAAUUCAAUUUGCCUUGGUACAAAGAGUUAGCAUUGCCAUUUUAAAAUGAUGACUCUGAGGUUGCAUGAAUAUCCUCUAGUGCAUUACCUAUUGCAUGUCAGCCAUAGUUCUCAAAGGGUUAGUGUGGCUUCUGGCAUUUAGCCAUCCAUUUGAUCACUGACAGAGCCAAGAGACCACCAAAGCAUUUCAUUGUUGAGUGUAAUUUGUCCUAACAGCAGUAUUGUCAUUUUCAUGUGACCUGCAGAGCAGGUUUGUAUCAAUAUUUUUUUCCUAGAGAAAAGUCAGCAACUGACAGACCUCUUUAUUGAUUUUUAGGAGCUGCUUCUUGCAGUGAAAGGCUUUACAGCCACUGGGCUGUGAACUCAUUAGAGAUGGUCAGAAGGAAUGCACCCCAUGAGUCAGACAUUGGCUUUGUGUGAAAGCCAGCUUUUGAGGGGAUUAGCUUUUGAAACAAUGAACAGCUUGCCUUGAACUUGAUUAUUGAUCUGUUGACUGUCAUUAACAACUUAAACAUUGUCUUCUGUGAAAAUUUUCCUUGAAGAGUCCUCUUCUGUGUCUUUGCCCUUUGACCUUUAACUUGCAAACUGGCACAAACUGAAAGAAAUCUGGUGUUGCUUCUCCAUUGGAUUGUUAGUUCUCUAAAAACCUAGUAAGCAUGAGCUGUUUCCUUCGAGUGGAGAGAAAAAGAGUGUUGAAUGGUGGAUCUGCAGAUGGACACUUUGCUCUUUACAUGCACACUCUAAAAAUGCCCUAUAGGUAGAAGUGACUUUUAAUUUUUCUUUAAUAUAAUUUCAAGUCUAAAUUCAUCAUUUUAGACAAAUAUAAAACUAUAGG